GUAAGUUCAUGCGACCUGCCCAGUUCCCGUUUUAUGCUUAUCGACGAAUUUGGAUGCAACGAGACCUGUAUCGUGACACACAAAUUUAAGCACUAUAUCUACGAGAAAGUUCACCCAUCCCUAGAAGAUGCUUGCAGAUUCAUUGAAGAAGUCAUGAGCAAGUUUGAAUACACAAUUCGUCAACAACUUCAGGCAAAAGGAAAGGAGAUCGAAGCGGAUGCAUUCGCCCAGCUUCGACUUUGUGACAUUGCCACUUCUUUGUUUAUCAUGUUGACUAGCGUCAGUCGCGCAUCUCGGAGCUAUUCGAUCGGUUUAAAAGACGGUGAUCUGGAGGUAGGUUCUUUGAGCCCGGCAUCCAUUCAAUUUUAUGUCCACUACAUUUCAUCUUUCAUACCCUUAUCGCUUUAG